AUGGCACCUUCAGAGCAGUCGUGGGUUCCCCCCAGUCUUCCCCCAGGGAUCCCAACCACCACUCCAGCCAUACCUCCAGCCAGUUCGACCCCAGCACGGCGAUACGGCAAGAUCCAAGACGAAGGAGCUAUACGACAACGAUGGCUUGAAGACUCCACAGACACAACAUGCCAAAUCCAGUCCAGUACCCUGACCGUAGCCGACCUUAUAAGCGCACGCUGGUACGUUCGUACCAACAAGCAUAACAUCCCAUUUCAGGUUGCGGAGAAUGCGUUUGCACUGGGAUACGCCAACGAGGCGGUAUACAACCAGACACUGACGCAAAAUUAUGCAGAGGGCGAUCUCGGGCUUGCUGGCUGUGAGAACGUGUAUGAUAUUCUAGUUGGAAAGGGACUUAUCAUAGCUGAGGGGAUGUUCAGAAGUGAUGGGCCUCAGUUUUCUGAGAUUGCCCGAGCUCAUUUGCAGGAGAUUGCUGAGGCCCAGAGUCUGCGGCACUUCUAUGUUUGUGAUAUUGUCAAUGUCGAUACUAGGAACUUCGUGCAGGAGGUUCUUUAUUCAUCGCGCAAUGAUCUCACUUGGCCUCCUGUCCGUGCAGCACCGCAGAUCUGGCAGUAUAACACCCCUGAGUACCAGGGUCUUCUGGGUACGCGUAUUGGGAAGUGCGCGGUGUAUCUAGUGCUGGAGGUCUUUCCCAGAGGUACAUAUUAUAUUUCUAGAAUUGUGACCUGGGAUCAAAGUUGCGCACUUGAGAUCAGGUUUGAUAUUGAAGCUAUUCCUGUAUCUUCGGUUUCUCCUGCUUGA